GGAACCCCACGAGAUUCCGCCCGGCGCGUCCGGCCAAACGGGCUCGCAACAAACUCCAGGUCAGGUCAGAUUCCUGUACGUUCUCAGACCAAGAACAUUAAGUCAGUGGCGUGUUGUCCUCCCACUCUUGCACGCACAUCGCCGCCGCAUGGAUCAUACGCUGGGUCGCUCGUCUGUUCCGGCAACUCGUCAUCUGUCAUGAGUCGUCACGAUAAGCAAAUUGCCGAGGAAAAAAAAAGCAAGCGAUUUCUUAUUGGAGACGCGAAUAGAACCGCCGUUUCUGUCGUACCUCGUCGUCAGAAAGUCGUCUGGCGCCAUGCGAGGCGGUCUGAUCCCCUUCCCCAGCAGUAGCGGUAUAUGAUGAUGGCCUCGGCCUAUCGUCUCGUUCCACUCCAGUUCACCACACAGGCAGCGGCGACGCGAGAGAACUGUUGAGCGAUGGACACCCACGCCGUCACCGACACCCUUCUCCUGCCCCGCUCCGAUGGCGCCGUCGCCGGCGCGGUGGACUUCCGUGGGCGCCUGGCGUCCCGCUCCGGCACCGGCCGUUGGUCGGCCGCGAUGUUCGUGCUCGGUGUGGAGAUAGCGGAGAGGUUCGCGUACCACGGGGUGUCGGCGAACCUGAUCAGCUACCUGACGGGGCCGCUGGGGGAGUCGACGGCAGGAGCGGCGGCAGCCAUCAACGCGUGGAGCGGGGUGGCGACCAUGCUGCCGCUGCUGGUGGCGUGCGUGGCGGAUGCCUGGCUCGGGAGGUACCGCACCAUCUUGCUCGCCUCCCUCCUCUUCGUCGUGAGCAUGGGCAUGCUGACCGUCUCCGCGCUUCCGCCGUUCCACCACGAUGGCUGCGGCUACACCUCCAAAUCGCUCGCAUGCUCGCCGUCCCCCAUGCAGGUGGCCGUCUUCUACGUCUCCCUGUACCUGGUGGCGCUCGCCGAGGCCGGGCACAAGCCCUGCGCGCAGGCGUUCGGCGCGGACCAGUUCGACCAGCACGACCCCAAGGAGUCCGUCUCCAGGAGCUCCUUCUUCAACUGGUGGUACUUCGGCAUGUGCUCCGGCACUGCCGUGACCACCAUGGUGUCAAGCUACAUCCAGGACAACGUCGGCUGGGGCCUCGGCUUCGGCAUCCCCUGCCUCGUCAUGGUCUUCGCGCUCAUCAUGUUCUUGCUUGGAACCAGGAGUUACCGCUACUACACGUCGGCCGAAUCGAGCCCCUUUGCUCGCCUCGCCAGAGCGUUCGUCGCGGUCAUUAAAGGCUCGAAAUCGAGCCAAUGUGACAGUACUCUUGCGAGCGACGACGCCGGGCACCGGGAAGAAGCGAAAGGCUUGAUGCGCCUGUUCCCCAUCUGGGCGACGUGCAUCAUCUACGCCGUGAUCUUCUCGCAAUCGUCGACGUUCUUCACGAAGCAGGCCGCGACGCUGGACCGGAGGAUCGGCUCGACGCUCCGCGUGCCGCCGGCGGCGCUGCAGACGUUCAUCAGCGUCACCAUCAUGAUCUUCAUCCCGGUCUACGACCGCGCGUUCGUGCCCCUGGCGCGGCGGUUCACUUGCCUGUCCUCGGGGAUCACCAUGCUGCAGAGGAUUGGCACGGGGCUCGUCCUCGCGUUGGUUGCCAUGGUCGUGGCCGCGCUCAUGGAGAUGCGGCGGCUCGGCGUGGCGAGGGAUGCCGGCCUCGUGGACCAGCCCAAGGUGCCGCUGCCGAUGAGCCUGUGGUGGAUGGUGCCGCAGUACGUGCUGUUCGGGCUGUCAGACGUGUUCGCCAUGAUCGGGCUGCAGGAGUUCUUCUACGACCAGGUCCCCGACGCGCUGCGCAGCCUGGGGCUCGCCUUCUUCCUCAGCAUCUUCGGUGUGGGCCACUUCUUCAGCAGCUUCAUCAUCUCCGCCAUCGACCGCGUGACCAAGAAGAGCGGGGCGAGCUGGUUCUCCAACAACCUCAACCGCGCACACCUCGACUACUUCUACUGGCUGCUCGCCGGCCUAUGCGCCGUGGAGCUGGUCGCCUUCGUGAUCGUUUCGCGCGUUUAUGUGUAUAAGAAGAGGGUGGCUCACGGCAAUGGUGCUGUAAUGCGGCGCCUACAUAAAGCCUUGAGCUGCGACGAUGCCAUGUCUCAUUUGAGUGAGCUCCUAUCCUCCGUGCUAAUACAGCCAACCAUGGUGGACACCGUCGCCGGCGCCGGCGACUUCCGCGGCCAGCCCGCCUCCCGUGCCGCCACAGGCGGCUGGAAAUCGUCGGUUUUCGUCAUGGCGAUGGAGAUCGCGGAGCGGUUCGCAUACAAGGGCGUGGCCGCGAACCUGAUCACGUACCUGACGGGGCCGCUGGGUCAGCCGAUGGCGCGCGCGGCCGCGUCCAUCGACGCGUGGAAGGGCGUUUCCCAGAUGCUGCCGCUGCCGCUCGCAUGCGUCGUCGACGCCUGGCUCGGGCGGUACCGGGCCAUCAUCCUCGCCUCCCUCAUUUUCGUCGUGAGCAUGGGCGCGCUGUCGCUGUCGUCGGCGUUACCGGUCUUCCGUGCGGGCCACGUGGCCAUCUUCUAUGUGGCGCUGUACCUGGUGGCCCUGGGCGAGGGCGUGCACAAGCCGUGCGCGCAGGCGUUCGCGGCGGACCAGUUCGACGAGAAGGACCCCAAGGAGAGCGCUGCGCGGAGCUCCUUCUUCAACUGGUGGUACUUUGGAAUGUGCGCCGGCACCGCCGUCACAACCAUGGUCUCAAGCUACGUGCAGGACAACGUCGGCUGGGGCCUCGGCUUCGGCAUCCCCUGCAUCGUCAUCGCCGUAUCGCUAGCCGUGUUUUUGCUUGGGAGCUGGUCCUACCGGUACUACACCACCAGGGAGGCUAGCCCCUUCUACCGCGUCGGGAGGGCGUUCUUGGCGUUGAUCAAGAGCUGGAGACCAAAUCAUCGCACCAGUCCUGCGGGCAGCAAAGGGGACAGCAACGGCGCCGCAGUUGAGGAGGUUAAGAGCGUGCUCCGCCUUCUCCCGAUAUGGGCGUCGUGCAUAAUCUACGCGAUCAUCUUCUCCCAGACAUCGACGUUCUUCACGAAGCAGGCCGCGACGCUGGACCGGCGGAUCGGAGCCAGGUUCAAGGUGCCACCAGCGGCGCUGCAGACGUUCAUCAGCGUCAGCAUCGUCGCCUUCAUCCCGGUGUACGACCGGCUCUUCGUGCCCCUCGCGCGGCGCUUCUCGGGGAGGCCGUCUGGCAUCACCAUGCUGCAGAGGGUGGGGGUCGGCCUGGCGCUCUCCCUCGUUGCCGUGGCGCUGUCCGCCCUCGUGGAGAUGAAACGGCUCCACGUCGCGAGGGACGCCGGCCUGGUGAACACCCCUAAGGUGCAGCUCCCGAUGAGCCUCUGGUGGAUGGUUCCGCAGUACGUUCUCAUCGGCGUCGCCGACGUGUUCACCAUGAUCGGGCUGCAGGAGUUCUUCUACGACCAGGUCCCCGACGCGGCGCGCAGCCUCGGGCUGGCCCUGUUCCUGAGCAUCUUCGGGGUCGGGCACCUCCUCAGCAGCCUCCUCAUCUCCGUCAUUGACAAGGCGACGGCGAAGAGCGGGACGAGCUGGUUCUCGAACAACCUCAACCGCGCGCACCUCGACUACUUCUACUGGCUUCUCACCGGGCUCUGCGCGGUGGAGCUAGUGGCCUUCGUGUUCUUCUCGCGGGUCUAUGUUUACAAGAGAAAGGGUGGCGAUGGUGAUGGUAUCUGCGUGUAAUUUGAGCUCCACUGA